AUGAGCGGCGGGCGGAGCGGGAGAGCCGCCGUGAAGAUGGAGGCGCCGUUCUACCCCGAGGAAGGGCUGGAGCUGCUGCCCGACUUCGUGCCGCUGCCGGGUUUCGCCGCCACCGCCACCGCAGGACCCGGCGCCGAGGCGGCGGCGGGCCCGAAGCUACUGCUGGGAGCCGGGAAGAAGCGCGACCUGCCGCCCGCCGCCCCCUCGCCGCUGCCCGGGCCCUUCGCCCUGCGCCCGCCCGGCAGCGCCCGCGGCAGCGCGGCCGCCCUGCGCCUGCUGCCGCCCUCCGCCGCUCCCCCGCCGCCCCCGGGCUCGGCGCAGGGCUCGGCGGGGGCCGGCGCCGGGGCGGCGGCGAACCGCGGCGGACCGGAGGCCGCGCUGGGCUCGGCGGCGGAGCUGCCGUUGCUGAAGCUGCCGCCGGCCGCCGACCUGGAGCAGCUGCUCAUCCAGGGCGGCGCGGGGCUGGGGCCCGGCAGCCCGGGACCGGCGGCGGCCGGGGGAGCCGGCGGGCCGGCGGCGGCGGGAACGUUCCUGUACCGACAGCCGGUGACGCAGGAGCAGGAGGGCUUCGCCGACGGCUUCGUUAAGGCCCUGGCCGACCUGCACAAGCAGAACCAGCUGCUGAGCGCGCCGCCGCUCUCCCCGCCGGGGCCCUGCUGCCCGGCCCGCCCCGGGGCCGCCGCCGAGCCGCCCGCCGUCUACACCAACCUGAGCGGCUUCACCCCCGCGGGGCCGCUCAGCCCCUCGGGCAGCGCCUAUCCCGCCGCCUCCGCGCCGCCGCCGCCCCCUCCUCCUCCGCCGCCGCCGGGGCUGCCGUUCGGGCCGGCGGGGCUGGGCGCGGGGCGGCUGCCGGCACCGCGGGCCCUGGAGGAGCCGCAGACUGUGCCCGACGUGCCGCCCGCCGCCAGCGGGGAGGGAGGAGGCAGCGCCCCGACGCCGCCGUCGCUGUCGCCGCUGGACGCGGAGAGCCAGGAGCGCCUGAAGGCGGAGCGCAAGCGGCUUCGGAACCGCAUCGCGGCCUCCAAGUGCCGCCGGAGGAAGCUGGAGCGGAUCGCCCGGCUGGAGGAGAAGGUGAAGGCGCUGAAGGGGCAGAACGCCGAGCUGGCCGCCACCGCCAACCUGCUGCGCGCACAGGUCACUCAGCUGCAGGGCCGCGUCCGCAGCCACCUCUCCUCCGGCUGCCACAUCAACGCCGCCGCUCCCUCCGGGCCGCCGCCCCGCGAGCCGCCCCCGGAGGCCGCCGCCACCGCGCCCGAGGCCGGCGCCUGCUGAGGAGUGGCCGAGGGAGCGGGAGACACGGAGCGGGGCCGCCGUGCUGCGCUGUGCUGUGCUGUGCUGGGCCGCGCCCGUUGAUUUCCGCGCUGUGCCGCUGUGCGAGCCGGGGCUGUGCGCCGGGCCGAGUGCGCCAGGCAUGUGGAGGUGUCGGAGGUUAAGGUAACUCCUGUUUACAGAAAGACUGAACUUUACUUUCACGUGGGGAUAAAAAAAUAAUAUAUAUAUAUAUAUAUAUGUUUCCUAACGCGCCGUACUGGAGUGUAUAGCAAUCGAUAAGCUUCUCAGAGUUUGGAGAAAAAGGAAAACAGGAAAAAAAAAAAAAAAAAAAAGGCCAGAAUUGUGCCCUUUGGAAGAGAUGUGUGUGUACAUAGAUAUAUUUAAAGCAUAAUAUGGCUCUGUAUAUUUUCUUGGCAUUGAUAAAGAAUUUUUUUUUGUUUUUUAACUACUGUCUUUCUCUAGAGCUUUAAUUUGCCUUUGAGAGCUCAGUCAUCCAGGUGGGUGCUCGCACACUGAGACUGAACCUGAAGGAGAGCAGUGUUAAGUCCGAAGCAGGACAAGACACAUUGCCGGCUCAGCCGUAGGAAAGGACGUUUCUCAGCUCUUAGCUCUGUAUUUCUUGUGCCAGUGCGAAUCUGGGGCAUUGAUGGUUAUUUAUUGAAACUUGAACACUUUUGGAUGUUGCCUAGACCUUAUUUUUAUAGAUAACGCGUUAGUAGUGAUAGCAGUUCCUUGGCAAGAAGAGCUUUACUCCUUUUCUUUCACUGUGUACAUUCCAGUAGUGUUUGCUCUUUACAUAGUAUAGUAACAAGUGCUAUACAGAAAAGGGCUCAGAUUUGGGGUGAAUUUGCUAUAAAAUGGCAAUUCUGUUGUAUGUUAUUUGAAUAAAUCACAGAACUACUAUGGAAACAUAGAUUUAUUUUUCAGUAGAGAUCUAUAUACAUUUCUUCUUGGUCUACUUUGCUCUGAAGAACCUUUCUGCAAUACUCCGGAGACGGAAAGAGUCAGUGCUGGAAUGUGGAACACGCUUCUGGUUGGGAAGAACUGAGGCAGUUUAUUUAUUUGUCAAGAUUUCACUAGCCGAAGGGAACAGCACAGGGACUUUUUCCUCUGAUUGCUUCGACAUAAUCCUCAAUAAUUUUUGGAAAGCUGUAUAUCCCCUGCUCGGCGCUUUUGCCUGCCUCGCUUCCGUGCACCUGUGUGCUUUGAGCAUCCCCGCGCAGCCCUGGAGCCGUCUGUUGGAGCGUGGAGGCCACCAGUAAGAGCAGAGCUCCUGAGCCGGUCUCACUGUGGAGCAGAGCCCACACCUCUCCAGCAUCACACUGCUGGGGCUGGGACAUGGAGCUCGACAAGGGCGUCCUGCGGUGGGGACCAUGGGCGUCCCACGGUGCAGCCGUCUUUCUGGUCUGCUCAACCUCACCAGCAGCUGUGGAACGCCUGCGUUACCUCUCCUGGAGCCUGCACUUUGAAAUUCAAGGAGAGGGCCUGGGAUGGACUUGUGUUUCUUGUGCUCUUAGUGCUCUUAGUGCUGUGUGUUCCCGAAGUUCAGCCACGUUGUUUGGUGCGUGGUCACAGCAUAGGCGUAAGGUGAUGUGACGGUGCAUCAGAAUUGGGGUGUUGCAAGCCAGGAUGCUCCGAGGGUAUUUUUUUUCUUAAUGCAUAUGCAAAUUAGGUAGAAGCCAUAUCAAUCAUUUUGUAACUGUUUAAUCGCGUCAUCAGAGCCUGUUCUGGGAUUUUAAGUUCUUGAGUGUAAUGGUACCUUUUGCUGGUUUUAGGGUAGUUUUAGGAAUACCGAUGAGCAGAUUCUCUAACAAAACAAUGCCCAUCUUUACAUGGGUUUGAAGACUUUUACAGGCAUUCUGAGCUGGGUAGCUACAGUCUGUAGCAGCACCUGCUGCAUGAUCGCAAGGCAAAAGGCAGCUUUCACUGUGUGGCAGGCAUCACCCAUCUGCAAAGUUGCUGCAAGACUGAGAAUUUCAUAGAGGCUGUUUUUUCCCCACCCUUCUGUGCUUUCCCCAGUGGGAGAGGUCGUGCCCUGGGGAAAUCCACUGACGUGAGGUGCUCGCCUUUAGUGCACGUGUAGCAAAUCUACUUCUUGCUAAAGAACCUUGGAAAAAUACAUAGAAGUUAUGUGUGUGGGCAGCACUGUUUCAGUUCUUAGAUUAGCAGAUGAGCACAGGGUUGAGCACAGGGUUGGGUGAAGACUUGGUGGCAAGGCAGAGGAAGGCUGUGCAAUGUUGCCUGCUCCUCACCCUUUGGUAGUGCUCCAGACAGAACAUAUUGGCAGUGCUUAGGAAGCGGGUGCAUCCAGGCAAUCCCUGUUGUCCCUACUGAUUGUAACCAGCCAGUCCUUUUUGUUAUUUUGUUCUAAAGCCAACAAACACCCUAUGUUAUCCCUUUAUCCUUCUAGUUUUCAGCACAGCGUGUUGGCCUCUUUCAGAGCUCAUACACACACUCCCUUAGCAGCCUGCCCUGUGUUCUGGCUGCCAUGUGAGGUUGGGUUUUGUUGGCAUUGCAAGAGGCUGCUGCUCCACAGCAGUAUGUGAAUGGAUGACUUAAGCACUUUGUGGUCUGAAGCACAUGGCAAGGCUUUGGCGUGCUGCUUGGUUUGCUUCAGGUGUUUGUUCCUUUCAUUGCUGUCUUCUGAAGUGAAUUGCUACUCUAUUUUCCCUAUAGUGUCCCUAUAUCUUUAUUUACGGGUUCUGUAGUUUAUUCUUGCUGUUAGUAAGUCAAUUCAUUGCGGUGUUUUUCCUCUCUGUAUCGGUAAGCUUUUGUUUUGAUUUUUUGCAUGAAAUGUUGGUCACUGUGAGAUGCUGAAAGAGUGAUACUAGGUCCACAUACACAACUUUGAUUUGUGUAGUUCAUUUCCAGUAACUGCAAGUACGUAGGGUGCUUAAGUGUUGCUGUAAAAAGACAGUUCAAGUUCCCGGGAGCCUCAGUGCUUUUUUCUCCAUCCUUCAAGGCUGUGCCAUGUUUCAUUGUACAUAACCGCGCUGUUGCGAGUCUCUACAAAGAUUCCCAUAGAGCUCUCAAGUCCUUCUGCUUUGGUUUCACACUUUAGUUACAAACCCAUGACAAAUGGACAUUGCUUGUUUCUUUGCUCCAGUUUAGUCUCUGCUCUGGAAGCAGUGCAGGUCCCUUCCUUUAUCUGUUCUGGUUGCUGGACGUUUUUCUGCUGUGACUGCAGCUUUCUGUCAGCAGAUUUGGAAGGCACUUGAGCUGAUGUCUUGAUCUAGAUGUGUCUUCCUACCUAGGUGCUACGGCAAAGCAGCUUGGCUUGUAAAUGACAUUUGUUUCUUUGAGUCAUUAUAUGAUCUUUUCUGUCUUGAGCGGGAGGAGGAGGGUAUCUGUGGUUAAGGAGGGUUUUGCUCACCCUUCCUUGGGUACAGAGAGGGGAAAGCCACCACCAGUGCCACCCACCUCUCUGCCACUAGUUCGAGUGAUGCCAUGACGAGAAAUGGAUGUGCUCCUCGGAGCCUCAGGCAGUGACAUCUCAGUGUCCCUGGCUGUCCAGGCAGUCAGUGUGGUUGUAAAGUAGUUCUUGUAUCUUCCAUCAUGGCUCAGGGCAGCCCACUUGGCCUGCCUGAGGAGCAGAUUUCCAGACACAAAUGCCCUUUGCACUCUGAGGGCUUUAGGUCUGUAGGUGCAUCUCCAUUAGUAAAAGGGCUGAUUCUGGUGGUUGAUUUCUUGUGAAUAGCAGUAGGUAGUCUUGCAAGAGAUCGGUACCUCAAGGGCUUUGGACUCUCAGCUGCAUAUCAUAAAUCACGGUUGAAUAUUUUGCACUCUUGAAAAAAACAAAGAGUGACCAUCUAAGCAUUUUCCAUCACCUUGGUUUGUUUAUGUCAUUACUGGCACAGGAAUCAUGAGCAGCCCUGUUAUUUUCUUUUAGUUAUCUCAAUGAAUGUAUCCAUCUCACUUCUGAGAAAGCAGCGGCCUCCCCAGGUUAAGCCCCUGGGCAUUCUGCAGGAUGCAGCUGUUAAAGGUGGAAAUGUUAUUUGGCAACUAAUUUCUAAUCAGUUAUUGUAUAGUAUUGUUCAGUGCUGUUUGAAGUGCGGAGGCGUAGUAUAUUUGAAUUGCUUGUUGUGCUGAAAAUAGGGACUUGGCUGCUACAAAGUAAAUCUUAACUAUUUGAGUACUGGCAGCUUCUUGGAGACACUGUCUCAAUACCCAAAAUCAGUACACAAGAAAAAAAUUAACAUGCCUGUAGCAUGUCAUCCUGCAAUAUGUUUUGUGCAGCCUUCUGGAUUCUGAGCUGAAGAAGCAGGGAGUAACAUUUGUGUGUGUGUGUGUGCAGCUGUAACUGCUGCUGAAUGAUUUUGCCUCUUCCUUACCUGAUUCUCUAACUUUCUAUGUUUAGAAAGGAGAAAAAAUGGAGUAUGACAUCUCUGUGUACAUAUUUGACUGGCACAAAGUUACUUCAGUUUUCCAAGUGUUUUAUUUGCAGUUUUUCUGUAACCAGGGGAGACCACUGGGACAUUUUUGAGCCAGUUUUGCCACUUUUUGUCCGUUUUAUCUGGUUGGUGUUGUUUGCAGUGACAGUGAGCAUUCCAGCACAAGUGUGUGGUAACACUUACCACUUUCACGCUCCUGUGAAUAUUUUGGAAGACCUGCAUCAGCAGAAAAGGCCCUGCACAGAAAGAUUUAACUGUGCAUAAUAAUCCUGCAGAUGGUGACUGACUUCUUGGAAUCCACAGUCAGUUGCUGUGAUGCUGCAUCAGGAUUCUACGCACUACCUGGUGUGGAAAAAGGCAGAACCUCACCUUUCUUAUAAGCUAUUUAGUCAUGUCAGAAAAAAGUGAAACAGUACUGAGAAUGUGUUGAGAGGUUAAUCUGAAUGUAUAAAGACUUAGGCCAUUAUGGUACACCAUGGUAGAUGAAGGGUUUCAUUAGUUUUCAAUUACUCCUGUCCUCUGAUGUUCUUUCUCUCCAGGCUGCUUAGGAAAUGGCUUGCAGCUAUUUGUGCUGCGAGACUUCUCUCUUCAUAGUGGAUGACAGUGGCUCUGAGGUGGGACAGGGGUGACUUCUGCACGGAGGGGCCAUGUGUGACAAACUCUAAGGAUUUGUUCUGUGAAGUGCAGGGAAGAUUACUAUAAAUAAUGAUUCCAGGGGUGUGGCCCUAGGUAAUUACUUGCCUGCCAUAUGCUUCAGAGUCUGCCAUCAGCAAGUCUGCACCCAUAGCACGGCUAGUUUUGAGUUCAGCUCUGCUCUGGGUUCUGUACUGGUAACAAACAUGGUCUGCAGUAGAUUAAUAAACCUAUGUGCUGGUUUUUCUGGAGAAAUUAUGAUUUCUGCAGGAAUGCUUUGGAACAGUGUUUGCCUACAAAGCCCUGCUGACACAGAGAUAGUAGAUGUGAUAGCGCACUACUGGGUUCUGGUAUCUAGCACACUUCUGAAAAGACUUACUUCUACUGUUAUUUGCUGAUUAAAACCUAGUUCAGAGUGGAAUUGUAAGCCACUGAAAUAAGGUCCAUAGAGUCUCAACAUAUCCAUAGCAAACCUCCUAUCCCAUAACAGAAAAUAAUUUGGAUUGCAGUCUUUAUUUAUUUCUUGUUUAUCAAUUAAGCAGUUUGAAGAUCUUUCUGCUAGGUACCUUAAAGUGUCUUUUUCAACUGCAGAAGGGUAUGCUCCCUGACUUCCACUGGGGAGUAGGUGGAGAAAAGUGGAACUAUUUAAAGUCAGACUUCUUAUUGCAUCCUCCUUCUUAGGCUGUAGACUGUCAUUCAAAAAACCCUAACCAGGAACUUGAAAAUUGCAGAACUGUUUGAUACCAUUUUCCUGCCCUCUCCAGAAGACUUCUCACUACCAGGAAUGCAUGGCCCUCCUGUCUGACAAAAAGAUUGGCUUUUAAGGAUGGAUAGCCCUCAAGAAAAAGCUUAUGAAGAAUAUCUUGUGGCUCCCACAAGACUUUUCUAGAAAUCACAUGUUGAGCUCCAGAGCUUUUUCCCCCUCCUCUGUAUUAUAAACCUUCAGAUUUUCUUGUGAUGCUGGACACAAGCAGCAUGGUGGUUUAAAGUUAAUAGACAGCUCAGGGCAGCCUGCUUAGGAUAUCUUUCCUUUCUUCCCUGGAAACUUCAAAUGACACAAACAGAAAACUUGCCUCUCCUAAUGAACAGAAUCAGGAUCAGAACUCUUGUGUUGUUGUUGUUGUUUUUUUUCCCCAUUACUGGCUUGUUACCAGAUCAGACCAUUUUUUGCCCAUUACUAAAAUGGUAUGGCAACUCCUUGUGAUGUUUGGAAGUCCUGUGCAUGCUGUAACUGAAAUCACAGCACAAGCUGGUAGAUCUGUGGUAUGUUUGUAGUAUACGCUAUUGUAUUGUGCUCCCAGCAACACUUCAUUGUCCUUUUUUUUAUUCCUUUCUCCAUGGGAAUACAUGGAAAUAGUUAGAUACUGAUAAGUGGAGAAACCAGUAACAGUUAAAAGGCAAGGAAUCCAGGGAAGGAAUAUAAUGAUUAUUUAAUGGUAACAUUUAUUGUGUACAGAAAAGAAGUGGGGAGAAUUAUUAUGGAUUUCCAGAAUGCUUUUAUCUUGUUUUAGUAUUUCUGCUUAAAUGUCUUCUAAAGUUGUUGUCUUUGGAAGCUGUGUCCCUCCCUGUCUGUUUUGCCUGGUGAGCAGUAAUUUCACACUUACCCGUAUUUAUUCAAAGCCAUGGUAACCACCAUACUGAAAUGUCAUCAGCAACAGUCCAGGUCUGAUCACUGGCUGAUGAUGCAAAGGUCUGCUCUCUAAUAAAGCGUGGCUCAUGAAAGAUGAGUUCCAAAAGGCAGUUACGCCCUGGCUUCAAGCAUUUGCUCUAAUUUCAAGGCUUUCCCAUGUGGUGUUGCUCAAUAUGUAGCAAAACAAGUUCUUGCGAGUCCCCUGAGCAUUCCUCUCUAUGUAACAGAUUAGAUAUUCACACUUCAUUAAUUUUCUUCUCCUUUCCUCUGUCUGUCCACCCCCCAAAAAUAAAACUAAGAACAAAAUACCUAUUACAAGCAAAUCUUGGAGAAUUGUUUCUCCUGUUACAAUUUACUAUUUAUUGAUUAUGGAGACACUUAGGGUAGUCAUGUCACCGUGUUCAAUGUAAACAUUUAUUUACACAAGUAAUUUGCCUUGGUUGCAGUAGGGGUCAAAGAGAAGGGAAUAAGUGUUGUAAUAUAGUAUUGUGCAAUUCCUGGCUUUCAAACUGAAAACGAUGAGCAAGCCUACGUAGGCCUCUCACCCACCAAAAUCUAGCCACUGAUCCUUACCACACCCACUCUUCUUAAUUAGGAAUGGGUCUAUGGGCUUUUUAAGGUCAAAAGAAGAGCAGAGACCUUAAGGGAUGUUCUACUGUGAAAGUAAAGAGUGGGCCUGUGGUUCCUGAAAACAAGUUUAUCUGUUAGAUUACCUCUAGUUAACACUGUCUGGAGGUAAGCCUUAGGAUCCCUGAGUAGGCUCCUACCAGCAAACACAGCUGUCUGUGUGUGAACAAGUCUUGUUGAAGAGGCAUUUUGGCUGCUGUAUUUCUUAGACUGUGGAGUUGAAGGGCAUUCUUCCAGGACAGUUGUGGUUUUUUGAGCUGUUUAUCUGAGGCUUGCUGCUUCUUUCUGCAAUUUCUGCCUAGACUGAAGGUUCUCCUGAGGUUGAGGGGCCCACAAUGUGCCCUCACAGAAUGGUGUUUGUGAUGGCUCAUGCUGUGUCACUCAGAUACCCAUGAGAAGGGAGAAACUCUGGAUGGGUGCAGGCUUGGCAAGCAGAAAUCCAUCAUUCCUUGAGCAAUAUGUCUUUCAGACCACCUGACUGCAUCACCUGAAUAGAGAUCUUCCAUCAGCUAGAAAUGAUAGGGCUCCUGCACAGUUGGACCCAGCUUUGGGAGCACUCCAUGUCUACUGUUGCUUUUUUUUUGCUCAGUGUCCUUGCAGAAAAUAUUUAUUCAUAGCGCCAUGAGCCUUGCAAUAUGGUGUCUGGGGGUAGCUGCUGGGGCUGCUCACGUCGUGUGGUCCUCCCUUGCAUGAUCAACAUACCCAGGGGACCUCUAGAAAAGGAGAAGCAGCCCCUCCCUAUUGGUUAGCCACCAGCAUCCCUGAGCUCUUUUUCUGUCCAAAAGGAGAAGUGUGAGCAAAAUGUCACUUCCUACAACUCUGAUGUUCAAACUGGUUCUUCCUAGGCCCUUGGGCAUAGCACUGAAACAUACUUGUUCAGGACAGCUGUUGAAAAAGAAAGGUGGAGACAGAGCAGCUCAGAUUUGCCUCUGCUCUUGCAGUAGCUAAUGUGCAGAUAGAUAGUGGGUGGUUGUCUGCCUACAUGCUUUUCUGGGUUCUUACAAGUUGGGCUUAUGUGCACCUUUGUAUUCUGCCUUAUUAAAUUAGCUAGCACAGAGGAAUCGUCUGAAAUACCCUUCCAAAAUCUCUUCUUGAUGAAGAAUUUAAAAAAGAAAUUAUGGUGUUUGAAUAGGUUAAAAACCAAACCAAAACAAAAAACUUCACAAAACCCUACUUUGAAUAGAUUCAGAAAUACUUCUGCUUUUUCUUUUAAAUCUGAUUAUUUGGGUGAUAGGUGUGCUGGCCAGCAAAUUGCACGCAGACCGAGGUAGUAAUACUGAAAUAAAAUGCAGUAGCUGCUGAUUGGCCGGAUUAGGUCAGGAGAGGGUUUAUCAAGGACGCCUCUGACAGCUUUUUUUCUGAUGUGAUUAUUUUUUUACAUAAAUAGAAGCUAUAGGGCUUAAUAAUAUACAAUUGAGGAUUAUGUCCAUUGUAUUUUUUUAUGUUACUUUAACGAACUAUGUAGUACUAUAAUUAAAACGCUUAUUUCUGAAACAAAGUGGACAAUAUUGUUUGGCAACUUGCACUUGAUUAAAUGUAAAACAUUUUCUUAAUUUAGUGAUGUGUUUAGGAGAAUACUGUAACUUACUGAAUAUACAACGGUGAUGACUGUGUUUACAAUAACUUUACAAUUCCUACUGUUCAGCAGUAGCCAACUUGUUUAAGAAUUAAAAGUAAGGCAUACUGCAGCUGUCAAUCUUGGAGAAAUUAAUGCAGUCCUGCUACCACUGUGGGAUGGAUACCACGGGUUUAAAUGGCAGCAGAAUUGUAUUCCAAGUCUCUGUCUUAAGUGCUUAUGACUAAAAGGCGACUUGCCUUGUGCUCAUUUAUGUAUUCCUGUGUGCAGUACAUCAGUUAGAAAUCUGUUAAUGGUUGAUUUGUAACACUAGAACCUUUAUGGGGAUCACAGUGGGAUUUUUGUUUGUUUUUGUUUGUUUAUGAUCAGAGACUUAGACAUUUUGGAAUGUAUAACAUUUAUCCUUGUGCUGGAAUUGUUUACAUGCAAAAAGGUAUUUAUGAUUUUUUGCAAAAUGCAAUGUGCAAUUUUGUACACGUGUUUUAAACUAAAGAGUUUAUAAGGAAGAUAUUGUAUGUACAAUACUUGGACAUGAGUAUUAUUUCUUUGAUAUAAAUAUCUAGAGGAAAAUUAAAGUUGCUUUAUAUUCAUA